UCUUAUAGAUAAAGAAGAAACUAGCGAGAGAUCAACAACCCGUCAAACACAAAAAAGAAAAGAAAAAUGAAGCUACAAUUCCACACACAAUUUGUAAGGAUAACCCUCGUAGUCCUCCAACUCAUAAACCCUUCACUUCAAUGGCCUGAGCCAGAGUACUCAUCAGCCCCAAUUCCUGCUCCAUGGCCUGAACAAUUCCAUGCACUUUUGUAUAUGAACUUGAGCUCAACACGCCUCCAAAUCACCAAUCUGUGGUAUGAUUGGCCUAGAGGCCGCAAUGUGAAUAUAAUACAGAAACAACUAUCUGUUUUGUUAUACGACACGGAGUGGAAUAAUGGGACAACCUUCUAUUACACUUUAAGCGAGCCUCAUAGCUGUCGGAUUAUGGUUAAUGAUGUGGGUAUUCCUAGGCCUGAUUUUCUUGAUGGAGCCGAAUAUCUAGGGACUGCUGUCACUGAUGGGUAUCUAUGCAAUGUAUGGGAGAAGAUCGACACUAUAUGGUACUAUGAGGAUGUUUAUACGAAGAGGCCUGUCAGAUGGGAUUUUAACGAUGGUAUUUCCACUCAUGUGAUAACUUUUGAGGUAGGCGCAGUGCUUUUGGAUGAUUCAGUGACUCAAGCUCCUGCAUACUGCUUCAACCAGGAGAUCAAGAACAUGUAAAUUUUAGUUCUAAGGUGGUGCUUCUGCUAGAAGAUGGAGGUGACUUUCCCAGUUUAGUCACGAACAAGGUCACUAGUACGAAUUAUCCAAAAAAGAAAAUGAAUGGGGAGAAAUUGUCUAUUGAUCCACCUCAUUAAUUAUCAGUUAUGUAUUUAUAUUUUAUAUAUUACAAUUUUAAUUUACCUCUCCUUCAGUA